UUCUCUUAACCUUCUUCAAUCUCUCAAACCCUGAAAAAUAUAUCUGGAAAGAAAUUCACUUCCAAAAUGCAUUUUAUGGCUUCCUUCAAAAUUUCCUCCACUUCUCUAUCAAUUUUUAUUAUUAUUCUCUUCUCUAAUGCGCUUUCCCUUGCCAGUGAGCCUGUAAUUACAGCUUCUCCUGCUGUUUUACCAUAUGUUACUGCCCCUAAUAUGUCCUCAUUCUUCCCUUCUCCUACCGAAGAGUGGCCUCUGAGUUCUGCAGAUCCUCCGGAAGGAUUAGCUCCGGUGCCGAGCUCCGGUGAGUUUUUAGGGAAGAAUUCGUCAAAUUCAGUAAAGCUCAAUGGUUAUGUUGCAGUAUUUUGUUUUGGAAUUUCUGUUAUAUUUGUAGUUAGAAUAGUUUAUUUUGUUUAAGAAAUUUUGAAUUGAAGUAUAGAAUUAUUUGUGUGAGAGAGAUCAUAUUGUAUGAAUUCAUUUGUGAUAUGAUUAUUAUAUAUGUAUUGUUAGUUUGAUUAGCCUUGACAUUAAUGAAAGAAAAGCUAUUGUUCAUGGAUGA